AGUACCACCAGCAGAAUUACCCGAUCCAGAAAGUGACAAUAGCGAUUCUCAUAUGACAGUAAAGGAAUUAGAACAAAAGUGGAAUAAUUUGGCUCUGGGUACUCUUAGCGAAAAUCAUUUGCAUUCACCAACACCAUCUCACAAUUAAGCAGAAUGGAGUUCCCAGAUGUAGGAGAAAGAUGUUCAAUCCAGGAUUGCAAAGAACUGGAUUUUUUACCUGUCGUAUGCAACCAUUGCCAUGAUACUUUCUGCAAACAGCAUUUUGAUGUAACUUCUCACGAGUGUACAAGUUUUCGUGACAAUGUUGUAAGCACUAAAACAAAAUCCUCUAGUUAUGUUUGCUCGGAUGAAUCUUGCAAGGAAACUUCACCUAUCAAUAUGCUUUGCAUCAAAUGCAAGAAACAUUUUUGUUUGAACCAUAGAUAUCAUGGGUGUUUAGAAUACUCUAACGAAGAAAAGACAAUGAAAUUAAAGAAAUGGCAAAUACCAAAGAAACAAUUCGCAGAAGCGAAAGCAGUAGUAGAUCAGGAAAUUACAGACAAUUUAAACAAAUCUAAGAACACUGCAAUGGCUAAUAAAAUAAGAAUGAUGCGUAUAAAGGGUACUGCUGUUGGUCCUAAAAAUGUACCAAUGAACAAACGUUGUUACUUCCUUGUGUAUCCACCAAUUAAAAUAACAAAUAAGAACAUAGGGCCGUCAAAGGGCAUUUUCGUGAACAUGACUUGGCCGAUUGGUAAAGCCAUAGAUUCAUUGGCCGACACGCUUAAAAUAUCUAACAACAAUAAUGUAGCAGGUGCAUGUAGAUUACAAUUAUUUCAUCAUGCAACUGGUGCACUAAUAUGCGAUGAGAUGGAUACACCAUUGACAACACUGUUAGAAAACUCUGAACUUGUCAACGGGCAAAGUGUUAUUUUAGAAUAUUCGGAUAGCAUGCCUGUAGAUAUUUCUUUAUACAAAUAAAAUUAUUUACAAUAAAUGAUAA